UAGAAUUCAAAACUUACAAAACCAAAACAUAUAAAUUGCAUUAUAUUAAUAAUUCAGUAUAAUUUACCGAUGUUGUAAAAGAUCAUCUUUGUUAGUUGUAAGUUAAAACUUAAAAGUUUUUAAAAGAUAGGAUAAUAAUAUUAAUUAGAGAAUGUCUAACCACAAUUUAAACUAUCCUAAAAGUGAUAAAGAACCGGGCAUGGUAUCUUGUCCUGUAUGUAAUCGAGAAUUCCGAAAUGAAACUAUUGAAAACCACGUUAACAAAUGUUUGUUUUUGAAUUCGCAAAUGGAAAAAACAAGUAAAAGGGAUAAUUCACAUUUAAAAGAAAAUCUGUUUACGGCGAAACGAUUAAAAGUAGAAGGUAUAGAUACAACUUCAAACAGCAAAGACAUUACAAAUGAACCACAUGGAUCAAGUUCAAAGAAUUGCAAAACAAAAUUACAAGAAGGUAUCCCACUAGCUGAACAAAUGAGACCACAACAGUUGGAUGAUAUAGUUGGCCAAGUAGAGGCUUUUGGACCUGGAUCAAUGUUGCGUUCUAUACUGGAACAGAAAAAAAUUGCAAAUAUGAUAUUAUGGGGUCCACCAGGUUGUGGAAAGACAUCAAUUGCUAAUGUUAUAGCACAUAUUUGUAAGGAAAGUAACAAUUUAAGGUUUGUCAAACUAUCUGCCACAAUGGCUGGGGUAAAUGAUGUAAAAGAAGUUGUCAAAAUUGCUAAAAAUGAAUCACAGUACAAAAGACAGACAGUGCUUUUUGUGGAUGAGAUACAUAGGUUCAACAAAUUACAACAAGAUAGUUUUCUUGCACAUGUUGAGAAUGGUACAUUGAUUUUAAUUGGUGCAACAACAGAAAACCCAUCAUUCAGUUUAAAUAAUGCACUUUUAAGUCGAUGUAGGGUGGUUGUCUUAUCAAAAUUAACCAUUGAUGAUAUAUUACAAAUAUUAAUUAGAUCUGUAGUGAGAAAUAAGUUAGCUGUACUGGUUGAUACAGCGGAAGAUAUAAAAGAAAAUAAUAAGGAAUCAAAAGAAAUGCUAGUAAUAGAAAAUAAAUCACUGCAAUGGUUGGCUGAAGUUUGUGAUGGAGAUGCAAGAAUUGCACUUGGUGCUCUUGAACUUGCUAUCACAGCUGCCAAAGCACAGUUAAAUAUGAACAAGAAUGUAUCACAAGUUAUCACAUUAAGUGAUCUGCAAAAUGGUAUAAAGAGAUCACAUGUCCUUUAUGAUCGUCAAGGGGAAGAACAUUAUAACAUAAUAUCUGCAAUACACAAGUCCAUUAGGGCAAGUGACGACAAUGCAGCAUUAUAUUGGACUACUAGAGCUCUUCACAGCGGCGAAGAUCCUCUCUAUAUAGCGCGACGACUAAUUCGUAUUGCUUGUGAAGACAUUGGUUUAGGAGACCAGAAUGCAAUCGUCGAAGCUGUGGCUUGUCUUCAAGGAUGUCAACAUAUAGGAAUGCCAGAAUGUGAUAUCCUUUUAGUACAAUGUGCUGUAAGUCUAGCUAGAGCGCCUAAAAGUCGACAAGUGUAUGAAGCAAUGAAGAGAUGUCAGGCCUUUUUAAAAGACACCAAGGGUGGUUUACCAUCUGUUCCUUUACACUUACGGAAUGCACCUACAAAACUGAUGAAAUCUCUAGGCUAUGGCAAUGGUUACAAUCUUUUGCACAAGAAUGAAUCUGGCUUGAAUUAUAUGCCAAAUGGCAUGGAGAGUACGAAUUUUUUCCAUGAACCUUAAAAUGCAGCAAUCGUAUAACAAUCAUUUCUCAUUCAGGAUUCAAGAUUUUUUUGCAAUGUUAUGUAUUCUUUGUUAAUUUUUUAAAAAAUAAGAUUGAAAAAGUGAUAUGUGUCUAAAAUUGUACUAUUAUAUGUUAAAAGAAAAUUAAACAUAUAUAUUGUUGCUUACCAACUUAAUACAUGAUUACAACGUGAUUUUUAUUGGUAAUAUAUGAAAAUGAAAUAUUCCUAUUAUCAAUAUUUUAUUUGGGAUAAUCUCAUUUCACAAUUUUACGACACGGUAUAAAUUUACUAUUUACAAUACUUCACACGUUAACAUUUCUAAAUUACCUAUAAAAUUGUACCUUUGUUUAAACUGAUGGCGUUUGCCAAAAAUUCCGUUUUCAUGAAUAUAAAAAAUAAAAUAACAUUAUAUUUACUUUACAACAUUUACUACUUGCACAUUGUGCACAAUUACUCACGAGUCACCUCACACAGUGCUACACCUUAUGAUAUUACACUUGAUCAAUAUCUUACAUGUACACUGUCAAUUUUGCUUAGACAUCAUUUACUAAAAGGUGGUCAAAAGAUGAUAAAUGAAACAGCCUUUUAUGUACAAAUGUAGGUAAUGAAACAAAUACUUUUAAAAGUAUUUAUCAUUCAUAUUAUAAUAUAAUAAAAGAAGUGAAAAAUGUCAAAUUUAAACAACUAUUACAAUGUACAUUAAUGAAUUAAGUGCAGAGACACUGAACUGGUGGAAGAUUGAUAACAAAAGAUUGCACUUUUGCUUGGCUUAUCCUACGGAGUAAAACUAACUUAACUAAACUACAAGCAAAUAUGAAAAUUAAUACAGUAAAUUUUUAUUAGAAUCAGACUUCCAAUUUGUAUCCUUAUUGUUGAAGGAACAUAAUAAAUUACAAUAAUGCUGAUCAAUUUGUAUCCGAAAAUUGGCCUACAUAAACUAAUAGCACGAAACAUACAACAUAACAUCGGGUCACAAUUCAUAAAAUAAAUAAGAGUUAUGUAAAAUCAUAAAAAUACAGUAUAAAGUGGAACGUUUUCAGAUUUAACAAAAU